ACUCGGAUGCUGGGGGUGUGUGUAGGGUGGUGUAGUUCUUCCACCCCUUUGUCUCCCGUGCCCAGCCUCUUUUGAGGCCUCUGUGUCCACCCAGAAGGACCCUCCUGAGGCACUAAGUGGCAAAAGUUGAAGGUAUGAGAGAAGGAACGAAGUUGGAUAUAGAGACUGGAGUAGGCCACUUCUAGGCCUCACUUUGAUCCUGCAACAGUGGGAAUGCCCCCUGGGGCUCCCUGGGAUGGUCCACCGCUGAGGUGGUCCAGGAGGUGUGGCAAUGGGGAGGGAAAAGUGAAGUUUCCAUUUGUGUGUUAGGUAGGUGAAUGCUAGCCAUUGAGGUCUAAGGCAGUCAGGUCUACCCUUCACUGCUAUUAGAGCACGGGCUCUGAGCCCCCAAUCCACCAAUCACCAUUGACUAGGGAGGGGUUCCAGGAGUCUAUGUGAUCCAUUGGUCUUUAGCUGGGCUAGCCCAUCCCUUAUACUUCUAGGCUGGGCUGGCCCAGAACUCAACUCACUCACUCGGGCUGGGUCUCCUUGGAAGCUUCUGUUAACAAACAGCCCUUCUCCUUCUGGAUGCAGGUAUCCAUGGCAACAGGAUAGAACCCAUCUUUCCCUAGGCCUGCUAAAGGCUCAGGCCUCAGGUCAGUGUUGGUGGUGAACCCUUUGGGCUGGGGAGAUGUGAGUGAGAGUCACAGGUAGAGUGCCAUCACUUCUGACCUUUGCUCUAGGCUGAGAAUUAGGGGGACAAAGAGGAGACAGCUGGUGGACACACUGAGAACACUCAAGCAACCAACAGCCCUCUCUCCUAUGGGGUGGACACAUACAUGUGGGCCUCCUCAGUGACCCCUGGUGAACUGUUCACUUCUCUCUGACCCAUGUAAGCUCCAUGAGGUACCCAUACCUGGGAUACAAGGGCAAACUUGAGCCUACUUUCCCUCCCAGCUCCUGACCAACAUCGAGCAUGGUCCCAGAGUCUUCUGUAGAGUCUGAAGAGGAGCAGGUGCCCCUGGUGCCAGCAGAUGGAGAGCCGGCCAGCAGUGAUGUGGGGCUUCCAGCUGGCACACCUGCAGACACAGGGGAUCCUUCAUGUUCCCAGGACGCUAAGCCCUGCUCUGCACCGGUGGUCAACCAGCAGUUGGCCCCUGAGGCCCUGGACCCCCGAGCCCUGAAGCUGCUGUGGAAACAGAAAGAACUGGAGAUCCAGUCACUGCGGUGGGCCCUCCAGAAUGACCGGCACUGUCACAUCCUACAGGAGGUGGCAGGGAUUCCCCCGGAGAGGAGCUACUGCGCUCAGGAAAAGUUCCUGCAGAACCGGGUCCAGAAGUUGACCCUGGAUCUCAAAGCACAGAAAGAACAAGCCCAGCUGGAGAAAGAGCUCUUGGAGAAGCAGCUGAUGCAGACCCUCCACAUGGUGCAGCAGCUGGAGGAUGAGCUACAGAAUUUCCAGAAGUCAUGUCUUCUGCAUCUGGCCCACUCCUCCUGGGUGGGCCGCAUACUUCGGUCACAGACUGGCAGUGUGGAAGUGAUCACUGCAGAGACACUAAUGGAACCCAGUGACUUCUCAGAUAAUGAACAGACUGGGGAGGGUUUCCGGCUGGAGGAUGUGGACUGGAAUAGCAUUGCCCGCCGAUUCCCCAACCUCCUAACCAACAUCAAGUCCAGUGUGGAGCAGAGGCAGCCCCAGGCCCGUCCGCCCCCGUCACUGGACACAUGGAGCUUGGAUUACCCUGACAAGCAUCUGGAGAGGCCUGGCAAGAACCUGGAGUGGAGCUCUUUGCCCGUGGUGGGCACGAGCAGCUCAGAGGGCACCGACACUGACUCUAACCACUGCCAGCCUAUCCUGCGUUCCCAAGAGCAGAAGGGGACAGGGUAUCCAGCCCAGGCCACAGACUUGUCUUCCUCUGAGCAGAUCCAGGCAUGGACUGACAGCUUCAGCAAAGAGACAGAAGGUGGAGAGGAUCGCCAGAAACCUCACUCAGGCCCGCUCACCAAGACAGUCCUGAAGUCCUAUGCAGAUGUUGACCACCAGUGUUCUGGGCACCAACUGAGCCAGGCCAACUGGUGCUUGAAGAUUGCAGCCGUGAACUGCCGUGAGAAGUUUGUCCGCAUCCUCAACCAGUCACUAGAGGAGACUGUGGACCUGGGCGGCUUCCUGCUGCAGCAGCUGGUGCAGAAUUUCCCAGUGUGCAUGUUCCGCUUCCCACCUGGCACCCUGCUUGCCCCAAGACACCACAUUACGGUGUGGGGUGAGAGGACGCGAUGCACCAAGAAGCAGCCUGCUGUAUCCUUGGGCCAGGAGCCCUUCCACUUCCACUCCAGUCAGGCCUGCGUGACGCUGCUCCUAAAUGCGGAGGGUCAGGUCCUCAGUGAGCACCAAGCCCCACACGAUGUCACCCUGGGCUCCAGAACCUUUGAGGACAACAUGGACUGGUCUAUUGAUUGUUUCCCUCUCUCUGAGGCUGGACUUGGGACAGACACCCAUGAACAGCAGCGCUGGCCUUCAUCCGUAUGCAAGGGCAGAGUGUCGGAGUCCAGGUCUGGACGCCGGAAGCCAGGGACUCUGGGCAUUUUGCCACGGCUGAGCACUCGCAAGCCUUGCCACCCAGGCAGGGGUCUGGCACAGUGGGAAGGCACCAAGACUGGGAUACAGAAGCUCCUGCCCACCAUCCCUGAGGCUGGGCCGCGCCUAGAGAACUGUUUGAAUAGGAGGGAGCACAAGUUCCAGGUAUGCCGGAAAAGUGUAGACCGGAGCUGCCCCAUGGUGGCUUUGUCUGUGCAGAGCACAGCUGAGAGCAAAUACGGCUUUCGCUUUCUCUGCUGCCCACCCAUCACCACCGAUGUAUGCCGGAGGAUGUAGGGGGCUCUGGCCAGGCAGGCAGUGCCAGCUGCAUAAUUUAUUGAACCAACUUUGCCUACAAAGUAAACAGCAUUUCUGAACACCUGAGUCUUGAAAAUGAUUUGACUGGUUCCUGGAGUAUCGUGUUCCAAGAGGACAGAACCAUCUUCUAACCCCUAACCUAGCAGGCAGGAAACCUACAAAGCCACUGAGGACGGGAGUUCUGGGUGUACCCUUGGAGGUCUAGGUGAACAUCUUGGACCAUGGGCAACAAAGAAGGUACUUUCAGGGUCGGGGGCAUCCACAGAGCCCAGCUACCUCAGCCUGCCCACAUCUUCCUUGCCACGGCCUCUUUAAACCUGUCCCUCCUUUCUGGGAAACAGAUCCCAUGAGAGGGGUGAGUAGGCUAGGCAAUGGCAGGGAGCUGGGACUUCCCAACCCUCAGAUCUAACGUGGGGUCUGAACUCUGAUGCCCCUGGCUAUCCCAAGUCCUGGACUUCUCUCCACCAAGAGGGGCCUCUCCAGUAUCAGGCUCACCUCCUGUCCCUAUGUCCACUAGAUGCUGAGGA